AUAUCAUAUAACUGGCACCUGGCUUAUGCAAAUUGCAAUCCCUAUUUAGCUGUCAGAUUGUCAGACCGAUCUGUAUCGCCAUUUAGAUUGACAAUUUUAUUUAGAUUCGUUUGCGUUUCAUUUAUGACAGGUUAAUAUGUCAGUAUGUCACUUAGAUCACAAUAAAUAAACAUAAAUAAUAUUCUUCAAUAUAUCUUAAGGUAUGGACACUCCUGAAUCACUGAGCCCUCAGGAUAAAGAGCUUUCAUUAUCGCGAGAUUCAGUUGCGAAUAAGAAGGAUUACAAUUAUGCGGAGCUUCGUGAGAAAGCCCUUGAAAAUUUUCAAAAACCUAAUCUACCUAAUAUAAAUAUACCAGAGAGAAUAGUGAUUUGCUUGGAUGUUUGCUAUGAUGAUCAAAAUUCACUUUAUCGUUUAGGUGAUGGUACUACCUUCACUCCUACAGCUAUGUAUAAAAGAGUGCUUAACUUUUUUAUUUAUUCCAAAUAUGCUAUAAAUAAAAAAACUGAGUUUGCCUUAAUUGUUUUAAAGAAUUCAGAGGCUUGUUUGUUACAAGGUUUCACCAAUAAUAUUAAGGAUAUUAUAGGCAAGAUUGAUUAUGUUAAUGGAGAGGAAAGUAACACAUCCAGUUUUGACUUUAAAAAUAUAUUAACUAUUAUAAGAGAUGAAAUUGAAGUACCUGAAUAUGAGCAAUCUAAAUGUAUGAUUCCCCCUCCAUUUAUUAUAAGAAUGUUAAUUCUGUAUGGUCGCUCAAACUGUAUGCCAAUAAUUGACCAAAACGACUUAUACUUGAAAUUUUUGAAGAAGGAAAUGUACGUUUACAUUGACAUUUUGUUUGCUCAUGAAGAAGAAUGUUCUGCCUUCAAAUGUGAAGAAAUAUAUGAUGCACUCCAAGAUCUAGACAAUGGGUAUUCUUAUGUGUUUGAGGUAUCCAGAAAUGCUGCAAAAAUUCAUGAUUGCAUUGCAAAAUUACUAGCACAUCCCUUGCAACGGCCAUUACAAAAAAACACCAACUAUUCUUUUGAAAGCAGGGGUUAAAUAAUGGUCCUUUGGAGUGUAAGAAGAUUAAAUCUUGAGCUGUGAAUUAUAUCUUUAAUUCCUCAGACAUUGUCACUAUUAAAAAUUAUCUAUUAGCUUAGUAUGAUUUCCAUGAAAUUAUGCCAGAGGAUGAUAAUUACAAUAAAACCACAAAAAUAUAAA